AUGGCACCUGGGAAUUCAGACGAGGCCAUAGGCGAGGCGUCAAGCUGGGGUUCAUCACGACUUCCGUCGGCUGUAGCAGCACACUCGUACGACGCGGAUCAGCAAAAUCGGGGAAAUCAAAUUUCCGAUCUGGAGAACCUUGGGAGAGUCAGAUCGUCAUCUUUCUCUCGCAUUCGCCAAGUCGGUGGACCGAACAGUAUUGACAACUUCGCACGCUCGUGGCAAAGAGCAGCCCAAUUUCCGGAAGUUCUCCCUCGGCGCUCGUCAUUUGUCUCGGCAGAUCUCGACGAUGACCUUGCUAUCGCAUCCGGCUUAGACAAUGGCUCGCGAAGCUCCGCUCCGUGGGGCCGCCAAAGCGACAACGAGCGGCCUUUACUGUCUGAGGAUUCUGAAGGAGAAGAUUCGGAACAGGAGGACCUGAGCGCACCGGGUCGGCCCCGCAAGCAUGUCCCAAGCGCGGGUCUCCUUGCCUCGUCUUUUGACAGAAGCUAUGCUGCAUCGUAUGGCACGAUCUCAUCUCGUGUGAGCGAGUCAACGCGCCGUAAUGCGAUUCAGUUCCACCGAGAGCAUCAGCAGUCCCACGCAGACGGCACUACAGACCCUGAUCGACAGCCUCUCAUUGUCAAGCAUGUGGAACACGAGGAUGGGACUCAUGAAGACAUCAUUCUCGGACAGUCGACUGUGCCUCAAACGAUCUUCAACUCGGUGAACGUGUUGAUCGGUAUUGGCCUGCUGAGUCUGCCAUUAGCCAUGAAACACGCGGGUUGGGUGCUGGGAUUGUCCUUCCUGAUUUACUCCGCUGUGACAACCUCGUAUACCGCUCGAAUUCUAGCCAAGUGCUUGGAUGUAGAUAAGAGCUUGGUGACUUACGCUGACUUGGCAUAUAUCAGCUUUGGUCAGCAGGCACGCCUGGUGACAAGUAUUCUGUUCUGCCUGGAGUUGCUUGGUGCUUGUGUGGCGCUGGUGGUUUUGUUUGCAGACAGCUUACAUGUCCUGGUUCCAGUCCUCGGUCUUCUUGAGUGGAAGAUUGCCUGUGGUCUGGUGCUUAUUCCCUUGAACUUCCUACCGCUGCGUUUCCUCAGUGUUACCAGCAUAUUGGGAAUCGUCUCUUGCACAUCCAUCGUUCUCCUCAUUUGCAUUGACGGGUUGAUCAAAUCCGAUUCCCCGGGAUCUUUGCGGCAGCCUGCAAAGACUUUCCUGUUCCCAGAGAAUUGGGCAACUUUGCCAUUGAGUUUCGGUCUCAUCAUGUCUCCGUGGGGCGGACAUGGUGUGUUUCCCAACAUCUAUCGUGACAUGAGGCACCCAAAGAAAUACGGAAAGAGUUUGUGGUCUACAUACAUCUUCACGGUCAAGUUUUCUCUUGAUUGCUCCAUGGCCAUUAUUGGCUGGCUCAUGUUUGGAGAUGUUGUUCGUGAUGAAAUUACAGCAAAUGUCCUCAGAGUGGACCAGUAUCCACAGGCCAUUUCUGUCUGCAUUAUCAUGUUCAUUGCAAUCAUUCCAUUGACCAAAGUUCCUCUGAAUGCACGCCCUCUCGUGGCCACGUUUGAAGUCAUCUGUGGUGUGGCAGCCGGGCCUGGCUCCGGCGACCAUCAGCAAGGCGAGUCAAUGCGAAAGAUGGGCCGGGCCGCCGUUCGUGUCUUCACUGUAGCUUUGAUUGUCGUGUUGGCGGUGGUCUUCCCUGCCUUUGACCGCAUCAUGGCCUUCCUCGGAUCAUUCCUCUGCUUCACGAUCUGCAUCAUCUUCCCGCUGGCAUUCUACUUAAAGAUCUUUGGAAAUGAGAUUCCCCGGCGUGAGAGAAUUCUCGAUUGGUUCCUGCUGAUCUCGUCCACCAUUCUGGCGGCGAUAGGAACUGUCUGGGCAUUCUUGCCGCGGGACAUGAUCGCAGAGAAUUGA